GAGGUUGGCAACAUCAAGCUGUUCAACAAGUGGGACUACGACGUCGAGGUCCGCGACAUCUCUCUGACCGACUACGUCUCCCUCCGCAACCCCGUCUACGUCACCCACUCCGCCGGUCGCUAUGCCACCAAGCGCUUCCGCAAGGCCAACUGCCCCAUCAUUGAGCGUCUCACCAACUCUCUGAUGAUGCACGGCCGCAACAACGGCAAGAAGCUCAUGGCCGUUCGCAUUGUUGCCCACUCCUUCGAGAUCAUCCACCUGAUGACCGACCAGAACCCCAUCCAGGUCGCCGUUGACGCCAUUGUCAACUGCGGUCCCCGCGAAGACUCUACCCGUAUCGGUUCCGCCGGUACCGUUCGUCGCCAGGCCGUCGAUGUCUCCCCCCUGCGCCGCGUCAACCAGGCCAUUGCCCUGCUGACCACCGGUGCUCGUGAGGCCGCCUUCCGCAACGUCAAGUCCAUCGCCGAGUGCCUCGCCGAGGAGCUGAUCAACGCCGCCAAGGGCAGCAGCAACUCGUACGCCAUCAAGAAGAAGGACGAGCUGGAGCGUGUCGCCAAGUCCAACCGGUAAACGGGGAACACGGAUCUGGCUGCCGCCGUGGGUCCUCGACUUUGUUGUGGAGGGAC